UGUAGCUUGCUCCACAACCACUCCUGAGCCGUUGUUCGACUACUGCCCGCCAUGAACUACGGCAAGAAAGACGAAGAUGCCGACAACGGUCUGGUCAAGGUUGACCGGACCCAGGUCUUCCAGGAGGCCCGGCUCUUCAAUAACUCGCCCAUCCAGCCGCGGCAGUGCCGCAUCCUCCUAACCAAGAUCGCCCUCCUCCUGUACACGGGCGAGAAGUUCCCGACCAACGAAGCGACCACCCUCUUCUUCGGCAUCUCCAAGCUGUUCCAGAACAAAGAUGCUAGCCUCCGCCAGAUGGUCCACCUUGUUAUCAAGGAGCUGGCCGAUUCGGCCGAGGAUAUCAUCAUGGUUACCAGUACCAUCAUGAAGGACACGGGCGGCAGCACCGAUGUCAUCUUCAGGCCCAACGCCAUUCGUGCCCUUUGCCGCAUUAUCGAUGCGACGACGGUACAAUCGAUUGAGCGUGUUAUGAAGACGGCCAUCGUGGACAAGAACCCUUCCGUCGCUUCGGCCGCGCUUGUUUCCUCCUACCAUCUCCUGCCUAUCGCUAGGGAUGUCGUCAGGCGGUGGCAGAGCGAAACGCAGGAAGCGGCCGCCAGCUCCAAGUCCUCGGGCGGCUUCUCGCUCGGCUUCUCGUCCUCGUCGGCCAGCCUGCCCGUCAACAACUCGACAAUGACGCAAUAUCACGCCAUCGGCCUGCUGUACCAGAUGCGUAUGCACGACCGCAUGGCCCUGGUCAAGAUGGUGCAGCAGUUUGGCGCUCCGGGCGCGGUUAAGAACCCUGCCGCCAUCGUCAUGCUGGUCCGCCUGGCCGCCCAGCUCGCCGAGGAGGACCAACAGCUGCGGAAGCCCAUGAUGCAGCUGCUCGACGGCUGGCUGAGGCACAAGAGCGAGAUGGUCAACUUCGAGGCCGCCAAGGCCAUCUGCGACAUGCGCGACGUGACCGACGCCGAGGUCUCCCAGGCCGUCCACGUGCUCCAGCUCUUCCUCACGUCGCCGCGCGCCGUCACCAAGUUCGCCGCCCUCCGGAUCCUCCACAACUUUGCCACCUUCAAGCCCCAGGCCGUCAACGUGUGCAAUCCCGACAUCGAGCUCCUCAUCUCCAACAGCAACCGCUCCAUCGCCACCUUCGCCAUCACGACGCUGCUCAAGACGGGUAACGAGGCUAGCGUGGACAGGCUGAUGAAGCAGAUCACGGGCUUCAUGUCGGAGAUCACAGACGAGUUCAAGAUCACCAUAGUCGAGGCCAUCCGCACGCUGUGCCUCAAGUUCCCGAGCAAGCAGGCCGGCAUGCUCGCCUUCCUCAGCGGCAUCCUCCGCGACGAGGGCGGCUACGAGUUCAAGCGCGCUGUGGUGGAGAGCAUGUUCGACCUGAUCAAGUUCGUGCCCGACUCCAAGGAGGACGCGCUGGCCCACCUGUGCGAGUUCAUCGAGGAUUGCGAGUUCACCAAGCUUGCCGUCCGCAUCCUGCACCUGCUCGGACUCGAGGGCCCAAAGACGUCACAGCCGACAAAGUACAUCCGAUACAUCUACAACCGCGUCGUUCUCGAGAACGCGAUCGUCAGGGCCGCCGCCGUCACGGCGCUUGCCAAGUUCGGUGUCGGCCAGAAGGACCCCGAGGUCAAGCGCAGCGUGCACGUCCUGCUCACGCGCUGCCUCGACGAUGUCGACGACGAGGUCCGGGACCGUGCCGCCCUGAACCUGCGGCUCAUGGACGAGGAGGACGAGCUGGCGGAGAAGUUUGUUAAGAAUGACAGCAUGUACUCUCUCUCGUACUUUGAGCACCAACUCGUCAUGUACGUCACAUCAGACGACAAGUCGACCUUUUCGACGCCCUUCGACAUGUCCAACAUCCCGGUUGUUACCAGGGAACAGGCCGACGCCGAGGAUCGGACCAAGAAGCUCACGGCCACGACUCCUUCGCUCAAGCCGCCCAAGGUUGGUCCGACCAAGGCCGCCCCAACAGGGGCCGAGGCGGCGGCGUCGGCGUCGGCGGCUGCGCAAAAGUACGCCGAGGAGUUGGUGCAGAUCCCCGAGAUGAAGGAGUUUGGCGGCGUGCUCAAGUCGUCGCCUGUGGUGGAGCUCACCGAGGCCGAAACCGAGUACGUCGUCAGUGUGGUCAAGCACAUCUUCAAGGAGCACGUGGUUCUGCAGUUCGAGGUCAAGAACACCCUUCCGGCGACGGUUCUGGAGAACGUGUCGGUCGUGGCGACGCCCUCGGACGAGGAGGAGCUCGAGGAGCUGUUCAUCAUCGAGGCCGAGAAGCUGCCGACAGACGAGCCGGGCAAGAUCUACGUGGCGUUCAAGAAGGCCUCGGGCGAGGGCUCGAUGCCCAUCAGCACCUUCUCCAACACGCUCAAGUUCACCACCAAGGAGAUCGACCCGUCGACGAACGAGCCCGAGGAGUCUGGGUACGACGACGAGUACGAGGUGGCCGAGUUCGACCUGUCGGGCAGCGACUACGUGGUGCCGGCAUUUGCCAGCAACUUCAACCACAUCUGGGAGCAGGUGGGCGCAUCGGGCGAGGAGGCCGAGGAGACGCUGCAGCUGGGCAGCAUGAAGAGCAUAGCAGAGGCAACGGAGCAGCUGGCCAAGGCCCUGUCACUACAGCCUCUGGAAGGCACGGAUGUGCCCAUCAACCAGACGACACAUACGCUCAAGCUCCUAGGCAAGACGGUGGGCGGCGGCAGGGUUGUUGCCAGCGUGCGGAUGGCCUACUCGUCCAAGUCGGGCGUCACGACAAAGAUCGUGGUGCGCAGCGAGGAGGAAGGGGUCGCGGCGCUAGUGGUGGCGUCUGUGGAGUAGCGAAAAGUGCAGGGUCUUUUUUUGGUUGUGUUGGGUGGUCUGCCUGUUGAUUUUUCUGGCCUUUACAUUCAACCAGCCGGCGUUACUUUGUUACAGGGACGAGUUGUAGAAACAUCAUUGACCGAGCAAUGAACGCUCUAAUGCGAGCACAUGCGUCUGUUAACCGUCGAUAGCGGCACAUUUACAUGAACAAGGUCAAGCAGGCCCCUUGUCGUGAACGGAUCAGUCCUGGUCAGUGUAUUUCUUUCCCCUUGCAUUAUCCAGACCCGCCCUCGACGUCGAGGCGCACAGCAAACGAUCUGGUGACGCUCCGAGCCAGCAUCGCGGCACCCCCAACACCAACCAAGCAGAAUCAUGUCAAAAAACAUCCAUUUCCGACCCCAGAUGCUAGUUGGCCUACACCACCUAAUUGGUGAGUCAGAUAGGUACAUAUUAAGUGAUAAUUCUUCCUCUGUCAAGAUUGCCCGCUUUCGUUCGUCGUCUUUUCCCCCCGGAAUAACAAACAGGGCCAAGCAAAUACAGCUAUAAGUCGGCCCAAACCAAGCAAGUCACAAUAAGAAAGGGGAAAGAUACGAAGAGGUACUCCGUCAAUAGGCAGGCAACACCUAGGUCUUCAAUGCGCGCGCGCACAACACAAAAACACACAUGGCACGACUAUAUGUCUCGCAGAAAAAAAAAAAGAAGAAAAAAAGAGAACAGAGAAUCUGCAGCAUCACGACGGCAUCCGGCUCAUACGGUCGGUAUCCGAAACGACCAUGAUGCUGCUGAACACAUCCGAGAUAUCCCUCGGCGUAGGCGCCACCACCGGAUCCGGCAGCGUCGACACGCCCUGCGACAGC